AUGGCCUGUUUAGAUCUGUGCUUGAAGAAACAUCUCUUUUCUAAUCAAGAGAAACCUGAUACCAAAAUGUUCCUUUGUUCGCAACACGCAAUUCAAGAAUUAUCUUGUGGAAAUAUUUGUAUUUCGACCGUUGACAGUAACAGUGACGUUGGUGUUCUUGCGACUUAUUAUAAUGAUGUGUUGCCGAGCAAUUUAUUUCUUCAAAUUGGAUCAAAAGGCAACAAAAGAAUCCUGGAUGUUUCAAAGAUGCACGAAAGUAUCGGAAAAGAUAUGUCGGAUGCCCUUCCCGCAUUACACGCAUUGAGUGGCCGUGAUUACACCAGUGCUUUUUUUGGCAUAGGAAAACAGAAGAUGUACAAAGUUGUCAAGAAGUCUGAUCAUUUUAAGGAUGUUCUGGCAAGUAUGGGAAGGAGUGUUAAUUUUGAAAUGGAUGUUUUCUCCGUAAUUCAGAAGAUAAUUUCCGAAUGUUAUGGCGUGAAAAACUGUCAAAGUAUUAACGAUGCGCGAUAUAAGAAGUUUUGUGCACAGCAAAAGUCCCAGAGCCGCGACAACUCCCACCUACAGAAGACGAAUUACUUCUCCAUUGUCUACGCGUACGAGCCAAUUAUGUAA